GAACUAGAGUUGGAAUUAAAAAAUGAUGAACCUACGGAGCCAAUUUAUACUACUAUUCAAGUUGGAAAUAUCUUUUCUCAACUUGAUAAACAACUUAUAGCAAAUGUUAAAAUAGAAAAUGUUAACAAUCCUUUAAAUCCUCCUCCUCCAGAUAUAUUUAAACUAAUCCAACCAGAGAUAAAUGAAAUAAAAGACAAAAGAAAAGAAGCCCAGAAAGUUUCUAUAUAUAUUAUUGAGGAUAAAUCAACCUUUAUUGAAUAUACAUUAAAUAAUAGUCAACAACAAAUUAUAAUACAACUACUUCAAACAAUUGUAGAAACCUAUUAUAAGAAAGAUGAAUCAUUUCAAGAAGCUCUCUUAAAAAGAUCUUUUGAAAUAGAGAAUGUUUUAUUAAAACAGCAAGAUGAAGCCUUAGAAAAUAUACAAGAAGUACAAAAAUCACAAAAAGAAUAUCAUGACAAAAACAUUAAAAUUGAUAAAUUAAAAAUAAAUGAUAAGUCUUUAUUAUUAUUUCUUAUUCUUUGA